AUGGGGUGUAUCCUAAUGAGCCCAUCAUCAAGUACAUUUAUUCACGUUGUUGGAGGAAGCUUUGGAUGGGGAAUUCCAGACAACACAACUUUUUAUCAAGAUUGGGCCAAACCAAGAACCUUCGGCGUUGGCGACAAACUGGGUAGAGUUGCAGUUUUCUUGUACAGGACAGGUGUGCACGAUGUGUUAGAGGUGAGUCAAAAAGAUUUUAAAGCCUGCACUCAAAACAAUGUGACUGCAAUGCAUUUCGCCGGACCAACGAUCUUGGAACUCACUGAACCAGGGGAUCACUAUUACUACUGUGGUGUUGGGGCUCACUGCUGCAUUGUUGUUGCAAUGAGACUGGCUGGUUACCAUGGCAAGAAGUAUAAAGUCGUUGAAGAAGUUCUUGCAUUUGUUAACAUUGUAGAAGUUCAUGACGUGGAUCACUUUGUUUCCCCAGAAAAUCUGUUUGAGUAA